AUGGCUGAACCUAGUCCAACGAAUCUGUUGGAGCAUUCAUCUACUAGUCUUACAUCUCCGACUCCUGCAGAUAGCGGCAAAGUCGAAUCUACAAUGCUGGCGGGCGCUUCUGCUGAAUCUAGUAUCGCAAGCUCCGGUCACGCAAUCAUCGACAUAAGCAUGUCAGCCGAAGAGAUGCGUUCUCGUCUCACAAACGCCACGCGUAGGAGACUGGCACAAAGUGCCAUUCACAGCUUCGCUCACAGAGCUGCAUUGUUCGAGCAGCUCUGA